CAGCGCUGGCUGAGGCGGCGGAGCCUUCGGGGGCGUGCGUGCGUGUGUGAGUGCGCGCCAGCGAGCGUGAGUGUGUGUGUGAGCUCUGGGCGCGGGCAGGGCAGCACUCCGACCGCGGCGGGAGCGGAGGGAGCCCGGCGGUCGCGUCGUCACUCCAGCGAGCGAGAGCGGCGGCGGUGGCUGCCUGGGCUGGGGCCGGGACAGCGGCGACCGCUCCGGGCAUGGAGCUGCCAAGCCCGCGCUGAGGCUGGACGCGCCCGCAAGAGGCUCUCCGACGUCCGGCGUGCGGGGCCCCCCCAGCCGGGGCCAGACAAAGUUUUCUUUUUCUUUUGCCCUCGCUAGAGGCGCCUUCUGCGGCGGGCAGACCGACUCCUCGGCGCGGCGGGGCCGGGGCGAGCUGGAGGCAGCAUGAUGCGCGCAGUGUGGGAGGCGUUGGCAGCGCUGGUCGCGCUGGCGUGCCUGGUGGGCGCGGUGCGCGGCGGUCCCGGGCUCAGCAUGUUUGCGGGCCAGGCGGCGCAGCCGGACCCCUGCUCGGACGAGAACGGCCACCCACGCCGCUGCAUCCCGGAUUUUGUCAAUGCGGCCUUCGGCAAGGACGUGCGCGUCUCCAGCACCUGUGGCCGGCCCCCGGCGCGUUACUGUGUGGUGAGCGAGCGCGGCGAGGAGCGGCUGCGCUCGUGCCACCUCUGCAACGCGUCGGACCCCAAGAAGGCUCACCCACCAGCCUUCCUCACCGACCUCAACAAUCCACACAACCUGACGUGCUGGCAGUCGGAGAACUUCCUGCAGUUCCCGCACAACGUCACGCUCACACUGUCACUCGGGAAGAAGUUCGAGGUGACCUACGUGAGUCUGCAGUUCUGCUCGCCACGGCCCGAGUCCAUGGCCAUCUACAAGUCCAUGGACUACGGGCGCACGUGGGUGCCCUUUCAGUUCUACUCCACGCAGUGCCGCAAGAUGUACAACCGGCCGCACCGCGCGCUCGUCACCAAGCAGAACGAGCAGGAGGCCGUGUGCACCGACUCGCACACCGACAUGCGCCCGCUCUCUGGCGGCCUCAUCGCCUUCAGCACUCUGGAUGGGCGGCCCUCGGCACACGACUUCGACAACUCUCCGGUGCUGCAGGACUGGGUCACAGCCACCGACAUCCGUGUGGCCUUCAGCCGCCUGCACACGUUUGGCGACGAGAACGAAGACGACUCGGAGCUGGCGCGCGACUCGUACUUCUAUGCUGUGUCCGAUUUGCAGGUGGGCGGCCGCUGCAAGUGCAAUGGCCACGCGGCCCGUUGCGUGCGCGAUCGCGACGACAGCCUGGUGUGCGACUGCAGGCACAACACGGCGGGCCCGGAAUGCGAUCGCUGCAAACCGUUUCACUACGACCGACCCUGGCAGCGCGCCACGGCCCGCGAGGCCAACGAGUGCGUGGCCUGUAACUGCAACCUGCAUGCCCGGCGCUGUCGCUUCAACAUGGAACUCUACAAGCUGUCGGGUCGCAAGAGCGGGGGUGUCUGCCUCAACUGCCGCCACAACACAGCUGGUCGCCACUGCCAUUACUGCAAGGAGGGUUUCUACCGAGACAUGGGCAAGCCCAUCACCCACCGGAAGGCCUGCAAAGCCUGUGAUUGCCACCCUGUUGGUGCUGCUGGCAAGACCUGCAACCAGACCACCGGCCAGUGUCCCUGCAAGGAUGGAGUGACAGGCAUCACCUGCAACCGCUGCGCCAAGGGCUACCAGCAGAGUCGCUCACCCAUCGCGCCCUGCAUCAAGAUCCCUGUAGCACCACCAACCACUGCAGCUAGCAGCGUGGAGGAGCCGGAAGACUGCGAUUCCUACUGCAAGGCCUCCAAAGGGAAGCUGAAGAUUAACAUGAAAAAGUACUGCAAGAAGGACUAUGCCGUCCAGAUCCACAUCCUGAAGGCAGACAAGGCAGGGGACUGGUGGAAGUUCACAGUCAACAUCAUCUCCGUGUACAAGCAGGGCACGAGCCGCAUCCGCCGCGGUGACCAGAGCUUGUGGAUCCGCUCCCGUGAUAUCGCCUGCAAGUGCCCCAAAAUCAAGCCCCUCAAGAAGUACCUGCUGCUGGGCAACGCUGAGGACUCGCCUGACCAGAGCGGCAUCGUGGCAGACAAGAGCAGCCUGGUGAUCCAGUGGCGGGACACGUGGGCACGGCGGCUGCGCAAAUUCCAGCAGCGGGAGAAAAAGGGCAAGUGCAAGAAGGCCUAGCGUGGCGCAGCAGGGCGCCACGGCCGGGUGAGCGCGAGCAGGCGGCCGCGGUGGACUUUUGGCCCAGGAGGGCUUUUCCAGGUGGGGGGAGGGGGGCGGGGCCAGAGCCGGCGUGGGGCGGGGCCCUCAACGGCCCCUCCCCCAGCCCCACCCUGUGCGCCCCUGGCGGGAGCUGCGUAAACACACACCAUGCAGAUUGCCAACGCAGGGUGCAGGGUGCGCAACAGGCCAGGCCCUAGAGAAAUGAGGACGAGACGUAGCUACCUCACGGGGCUCCUUCCAGAGCUGAGAUGUGCUUCCCUAGGGCUAGGUGGGGUCACCGUGGAGGGGCUGGGGGCAGCCUUCCCUGGUGCCAGGGGACAGACACAGAAUGGCACAGGCAGGCCACAGACGCAGGUCGUUGAUGGUUAUGGAGAAGGGGACAUGAGGAGAACUGUGAAUUUUUAGGUCCGCAGCCUGGACAGGGGUGCUGAGCAAGUAAACUACCACCCCAAGCCAAGAGACAAAGUCCCUCCUUUUCCCCUGACUCUCUGCUGUCUAGGAAUCCCCACAGGGUGCCUAGCUGUGACAACUUGGGCCCCAUCUGAAGAGGCUGGGGUGGCACUGCAGGGGGUCUGUCCAGCCAGCGUUCUGCAUGUCAGCCUCUGGUCUGCAUGGCCACCUGCUGGGUUGGUUCGCCUGCUGGGUGGAGGGUGUGGGAAGGGGGUUCAUCUGUGGGGAAAGGUGAGGCUCCCGCUGGUGCCUGCCCUAUCUAGCGGGGGGGGGGGGGCUGGCCCAUGCCUCUGGCUAGUCCAGCAGUGGGCCCAAAGACACCCCUGAGAAGCCCAAGCCGGGUGGUCACUGCCUCACGCUGGAGCUGCCUGUGGGAGGAGGCAUUGCAAAGGCAAAACCUCCCAGAGAGUUUCCUUUCUGGAAACUUGGAACCAGCCCCUUUAAUGACAUUUUCCAGGGGAGAGGGAAGGGGCACGGGGCACUGGCUGGGUUUACAGCAAUGACACUAUUUGUGUAAUGACAUCAGCUCCCACAAGGCCCCUCAGCAGUGUCAACAGCUGGAAAGGGCCUGGACAGGCAGGGUAUGCAGCGGCAGGGCGGGCCUUGGGGGAAGGGGCUUGCUGGAGUCAGGACAGGCUUUGCUGGCUUAGCGAAGUGCUGGGGUGCCUAAGCCACAGGUGGGCAGGGCCAGGAAUGGCCAGGUUCCUGGGAGCCAUGGAAGCCUCGACCACUUCCUGUUGCUGCCCUCACUGUUGGCUUCCAAGGGAAAAGACGAGGCUACUGGGCUAAAAUAGCCUGCUGCAGUCACCCUGGGGGCUGUCAUUGUCUAGGCUGGGUAGCACCUCACCCGGUCCUUUCAGGGCAUCCUCUUUGAAGAGCCCCCCCCCCACCGCCAAUGUGCCCAACCCCUUGUCAAACCCUUAGAGACUGUUCUCAAGCAAGCGGCCCCCAGCCUUUUGGUCUGGUUGUCUUGUGGGACCUAUUCCUGUGCUCCAGAGCCGCGCGGCUCCCUGCCUUCCUGAGCUGUGCACUAUGCUGGGCCUCUGGCCCCAUCCAAACACCCGGCACACAGAAUGAGAAGCCUGGCUCCCUCUCAGGCAGGAAAUUGGUUUCAUUUUCCCUGCCAGAGCUUGGCUGCUCUGUAUACCAAGAAUGAAGCUUAGCCCCUUGGCGAUUGGGAUUCCCUCUGCUUCCCUUACUUCUGCCCACGUCACCACUGCCAUUUAUGCAGCACCUGCUUUGUGCCAGGCACUUUAUCCCCACACUUCCAGCCUGUUCUCAUGACAACCCCGUGGGGAUUCUCAACCGUUUUCCACCAGGGAGGGAGCUGGUGUACACUUGCCCAAGGUCAUGCUGCAAGUGUGUGGCAGCACUGGGUCGAAGACCCCAGAACCCGCCCCAGCUGCCACCUGCCCUCAAUUCCUGUAGCAGGCUGCUGCCUACACCAUGGCACCUGCCUCCUGAGGACCUCCGAGCUGGCCUAGAGACAGGAGCCUGGGGUGGCGUAGAAACACGCACAAUGUCUUUAGGAGGGACAGCCAGAGUGGUGGGUGGCUUCAUCUGAGGGGAGCCCUGGGAGACCCCAUGUUCUAGGAAGGCAGGCCUCAGUUCUGAGAAGUGGUUUGGCUGCUCUGAGUGUGGGGCCUAAGGCUGGAGGGAUUCUAGGAGAGACUGGCAGAGAUGCCUCUGGAACAAGGAGAAGACAACUGCCCUAGGGAGGGGCAUUUGCUCCCUGAAACCCAAGCCUAAGGCUGGAGGACAAGGACCUCUCACCAGGCUCUAGGCCUAGCAUCCUGCUGCUGGAGCAGUUGUCCUGUUUCUGUCUAUAUCACCUUACCUAGAAGGACUAUGGCAGCCCCAGUACGCCGACUCUGGGUCUGGGUGUCAUCUCCAGUGAGGACCCCUCAACGGUGGAGCCAGGGGCCUGCACAGCAAUAAGGCAUCUUGCUGAUAAUCAAACCAGCCUCCAGCCUUGCCUUCUGGCUCAGCCACCCCUUUCCUCAACAGGGCAAAGGCCAUCCACCCAGUGGUGUGGCCCUGGAGGGACUGUGGCAGGGUGGUCAGAUCAGCCAGGUCGGGGAUAUGGUGACUGUUGGGAUUGCAAAGUCCAUCCCAGGCUGCCUCCCUCAUCUUGUGUACCCAGCCAGAAUCCAACCCGCCACUCCUCUGCUUCCAGCCUCUGACCUCCAUGGUAAGGACCCAGCCUCAGCAAAGCAGCUGCCUUUCCGCUCCGCUCCCACCCCAGGGAGGAGCUAUGGAAAUAAGAAUCAAGGUGUUGCAGUUCCAGUUUGUACAGUUAGAAAGGGAUGUAAAACGGAAUUAGAUUUUAAUUUUAAAGAGUAUAUUAACCAGAACUGUGAUACGUAGGUUUUUGAGGACCAGAUUAGUCUUUUUUCGUUUUUUAAAACGGCUUCCCAGGGCCUCUUGUCCCUUUUACCAGCUGGGCGGUCUGGUGCUCCUGACAGCUGAGUACCUGCUUUACUGAUGCACAGAAACUCAAAAGGUGUGAGGUGGAGGGAAGGGGGAAGGAAACAGGCUGCCCCCCAGAAGCACCUGCAGGCUGUGGCCUCUGCUUACAGCUUCUGUACUUGGAAAGCAAGGUGGGAGGCAGCAACCACAGGUAACCUCAGCUGGGAGGGAAGGACACCUGUGGGGUCAAAGCCCAGAGAGGCUGGGAGCUGCCCCAGUAAUAUGCAGGAAAUGAGUACAGACUUUGUUGGAGUUGCCCCAGGUUGGAAUGAGACCGGAAUCAGAAGAGACCCUUAGGGACUGGGAAAAAGUUCCUUUGGGGUUGCAAUACUUGAAGGACCCCUCCUUUCCCGGAGCCUAGAGAGAGAGCAAAAUAGACUCACUGAUGUGCCACGGUUCAGGACAGUCAUUCCUGUAGACCACAGCCACGCCAUACCCGGGGUACAAAAACUGUCCUGUGGGGCCUCGCCCCUGCCCAAACCCACGCCACAUCCCCUCCUUGUGUCCUUGGACAGCCCCUCCCAUCCCCUGCUCCCAAAUGCACUUCCCAUCCCCCCACCCCGAGUUCCCUCUUGUGUUGCAGAUUUCUGUUCACUCAGAAUUGUAAAUGUUUAGUUGUGACCAUGACAUAUUGUUUGGGUCAGUGUUCCUUUCCAAGGCAUACUAAUAUAUUAUGGUUAUUAUAUAUGAAUAUAUUUAAUGACAUGGAAAAAGUUGUGGAUUUUUUUUAAGGUUUUUUUUUUUCCUGUUAGAGUUGUAAUGGACCCAGAUGGAACUUGUAAUUUGGGCCCCACAUGAUAGAACUAAAUUCAGAUAUCAUUAAAUAAACUCUUGUAUACUG